AUGAGCUUCUCGGUCACGUUUGGCGAGCUGGCCAACAUAGCCAUCCCACAGUGUGGGGUGGUAAACUUCAAGGCCCUUCAUCUCCUGAUCCAGGGCAUCCUGGAUCACAUCCAAAUUGGUGGGCUCAAGAAAGUCCUUUCAGGGGAAGAAGAUUUCCUUCAGACCUCACAGGUGGUGCUCAUGCCCAGGGAAGGAGAAGCCCAGCCCAUUGUCAACCCCAUGAAGAGGCUCAGCAACGUCUUUGACAACGUGGUAGAGCGCCUCAGCAAGUUAGAGGGUCAGGUGUCUGUGAUGAAGGUCAUGCCCUCUACUACACAGCUGCUGGAAGCCAGCGAAGGGGUCAAGCGGCCCGCUGAGGAUUUGUGGAAUAUCAUCAAGCUCCUGAAGAGAGUGGAAGGCAAUGAGGAAGCCUUGGCGAAGUUUAUGAAGACUCUGCAGGACUUGCUCACUGACCUUCAUGCACUCAAGAACACUGUUGAAACCCUCCAGAAGGACGUGGACCUGAUGAAGUAUAUAUUUGGAAAGGUAAACCCAGAAAGCAUGGAGCUUGUUUGUGAAGACUUGAAAAUACAGAACCGGAAGUUGGGUGCCCUGCAGCGGGAAGUGGUCACCCUCCAGGAGAGGCUUCGCUCUGUCCCCGAGUCUGAGGACAUGGUGCUCUGGAGUGGCCUCCAUGAGGCCAUGUUCACUCAGGCACCUUCUAAGACGGAACUGGAUAUAUCCAACACAUGGCAGAGCAUGUCUUCUCUUCCAGAGACUGUCUUGGGGCAGUCUGAGGAUGUUGGCCACCCCACCCAGAGUGCCAUCCCUUUUCAGACAGUCGUGCAUUUUGAAGCUGCAAGAGCCCUUGAGGAGGAGCAGCUUGCUCAGGCCCUUGAGUUUAGAGGCCCUCAGGGGCCAGAGCAGGCUCAGGCCUCCAUGUCUCAGUUUGUCAUUGGGUCUGCAUUUGGGCCUGGGAAUGUACCAGGGCCUAGUGGGAGGCCUGGUUUCAUCCAAGCCCCUUGGUCUAGACCUGGACUGGCUGCCCCAGGUGCAUGGCCCUUACCACCAAGAGGCUGGCCUGAGGCUAACGCUUGGCCUAUGGGUACCUUCCAUCCUAGCCUAGGUCCAUUUGGCCCUCAAGGCCAGAUGUAUAGGGCUCCUUUCCCAGCCAUGGAAAUUGGAUCAUCAUGGCCUCAGCCACUGUCACAACACCAAGGUUCUAAAGCAGGGACCCACCGGCUUUCAGAUCUUGAAGAAAUUGAAUAUCAAUAUGAGUACAUUGAGGAGUCUCAGGAAGAGAUCCCUAAGGAUGGGACUUCCCAGGAUGGGAUUCCCAUGGAAAAGGCUUCCCAGGAGGAGAUUCCCAAGGAAGAGGCUCCCCAGGAUAGGAUUCCCAAGGAAGAGGCUCCCCAGGAGGAGAUUCCCAAGGAAGAGGCUCCCCAGGAUGGGAUUCCCAAGGAACAGGCUCCCCAGGUUGGGAUUCCCAAGGAAGAGGCUCCCCAGGAGGUGAUUCCCAAGGAAGGGGCUCCCCAGGAUGGGAUUCCCAAGAAAGGAGCUUCCCAGGAUGGGAUUCCCAAGGAUAAGAUGCCUAAGCACAGAGUCCCCAAGGAUAGAGUUCCCAAGCACAGAGCCUCCAAAGAUGUGGCUCCCCUAGACAGAGCUCCCAAGGACGUGGUCCACAAAGAUAGGGUCGGGAAGGACAAGACCCCAGCAGCACAUCCCAAGGACUCAUUAAAUCUGAAGAAACUAAGGUCUGCUGUUGCCGUAGCUGUAGCAACAGCUGCAGCAUAUGCAGCUGCAGCAAACACAGCUGCCCAGGCAGCCAAAGUUGCUGCCAAGGCAGUCAAAGAUGUUCCUGCAACCAAAAUGGCUUCUUUAGCCUCAACCAUGGCAUCAGCAGGGCCUUUAGGGGUCUUUGCAGAAUCCCUGGGUGGAGGACUUAGCCGUGGGGCCACCAGCUUCAUUCCCUUCAGUGAUGAUGAGCUGGAAGACUUACCUGAAGAUUUCACACCAGCCAUUCAACCCACCAGAACCAAAUCAGUCCUGUCCCAGGCCUUGAUGACUGCCAUGCAGGCUGUGAGUCCUGAAGAGAAGAAGAGGGCUGUCCAGUACUCCAUGAGCCAUAUAGCCCAGAUUCCUCUCAGGCAUGACUCCCUGAAAGAAGAGGUUGCCUAUCUGACAACCAACCUGAACCAGCGCUUAAAUUACCUAGCUAACAUGGGAAGCUCUGGAAAGCUUGGUAACGUAGUGAAUGUCCUGGAGGAAAAGAUUUUUAACCUCCAGAAAGCCAGGCUACAGGAAGAAGAACUUGAGAGAGUUUGGGGCCACCAGAUAGACAAAAUGAAGAGUAACUACGUGGUGCUGGACAGGAUAGUGGAAAAGCUCCAGAUUCGCAUGGAUGACUUCAAGACCCUCAAGGAUGAAAUCCAAAGGCUGGAUCUGAUUAAAGCAGAUAAAACCACAUUGGAUCAGGAGCUGAAAGAAAAAGCUGACAGGGAUGCUUUAGCAAGCAAGGCAAACCGGACGGACCUGGAGUUGGUGGCGAUGGAGCUGAACGAGAUGGUCCAGAGCAUGCUCUUGAAAAUCUCCACCCACGAGAGUGACUGGAAGAAGUCGCUGAAACACCUCAGGAAGGACCUGAACACUAAGCUAGUUCACAGUGAUCUGAACAGCUUGAAGAGGGACAUAGAAGAGGUCUGGAAAGUAGUUCGGAAGCUUCUGAUAGAAGGCCUGCGAUUCGACCCAGACAGUGCUGCAGGCUUUAAGAAGAAACUGUUCGAGCGCGUGAAGUGCAUCUCCUGUGAGCGGCCUGUAGAGAUGAUGACCGGCCCACACCUGAUCACCAUCCGCAACACCCGUGGGCUGUCACAAAUGAGGCCAGCCAGUGCCAACAGCUUCGAGUAUCUGCAGAGGCAGCUGAUGAGGGAACAGCAGCAGCAGCUGCAUUUCCGGGACUUUGGAGUCCAGGAAAAGGGUCUGGACUCCCAGAAGGACUGGGGUGAUGGACCCCGAAAUGAGACUACCUUCAAGCACAAGUCACAUGACCUGUCAACACUCUACCCUUAUGGUGACCCUGUAAUCAUGGACUAUGACACUGCCGAGGUGGACAUCCUGGGAGUGGAUGGGGUCCUGUACAAAGGCCGAAUGAACAGCCAGUUUGGGACUCGGACUGGGGAGAAGGACCUGACAGCUGUGAAGGUUUCGUGUUCCCCAGCUCAAAACAUAGGUGAUCGUGUGCGCACCGGAUCCUUACUUGCUCCAGGCUACCCCCCCUUGGGCCCCCGCAGCAACAUCAUCAACUCUGCCACCUCUCCACAUUCUGCCGGAACAGUGGCUCAGCCGCCAUCCCUGCCACCGGUGCCACAGCUACCGCCACUGAUACCACUCUCAAAGGAUCCGCAGGAGGCCCCUGGAUCCGCCAGGCACUUGAAAUAGCAGCAGCUGGAGUCCCUAGAGAGCACACAGGUUGCAGAGGAGCACACCAACCCACGAGACACAAGCCUGUGACCUAACUACCAUGGGGUCCCCUUCACCCUAAAGAAGAGACCUGGGACUCUGGAUCAGACCCAGUAAAGGGUACAGGGAUCCUGGAUAUAGGGGGAAGGGUCUACAUAGGGGGACCCAUGUUGACUCAGUGUUUAACUAUGUAUCUAAAAUAUAAACCACACAAUC